AAAAUUGUUUUCCUUUUCGUUUUGUUUGUGCGGUGACAGUUUUGAAACACAAAAAAAUAGAAAAGAUCGAAAUUUUCACCUUAUUUCAGAUUCAAAACUACAAAAAAUGUCUAUAGAUUUUUCGUGGAGGCAAAAACCUCCUCCAAUAGUGGACAGCACUGAAGAUGUGUUACGACAAUAUAUCCUCGAGCCGGUCAUUCCGGUAAAUGAGCCAAAACCCCACUUCCUGCCACGGAUGCCAAACGUGGACUCGCUGUACGAUAUCCCGUCCGCUCCGUUAAGCACCCGCAUCGUUCCGGAACGGUGUCAGGAAACGGGAAAGAUAGUCGAUUUCGUUGAAAUCCCGAUCGAGAAUGCCGGAAGCAAUGCGAAAAAUUCCAUGUCCCUGAAAAGGGAACCGGGUCCGGGAGAUGAUUCAACCCGCGGAUCGGCAUCGUAUUUUCCCUUCUGGCCAGGCGGUUUCGAUGAGCCGGAGAAAGCCAUCCAAAUGCUGGACAUUGACAAUUCGGUGUUUGAAAAGAAUCUCAAGACCUGUCCUCCGGGAUUUGCGAAUGGGAUGGAUUUUAGCGACGUGAAAAGUUCCGACGACGGCAUCGUGGAUCUUCUCUCUGCCAUAGAACAGGAGAUGGAGGGUUUUACAAUGUGGGAUUCACAGGAUAGUGAAGAUGAUGAUGAUGAGCCUAGAAUUGACCCCAGCACAUUGCAGAAAGUUCCCAUGGAUGAUAAUCUGGACGAAUCGUUACUGGAUGUUGAGCAGAAAACUACGAAAGUUUUAAAAAUCGGUGAAACUGGAUCAAAUUCAGCGACUUCAGCCGAGUGGGCCGAAAUUUUAGAUGUAUCCAAGCCGGUUGUAGAUUUUUACACGAAAAUUCCAGACAUGGCACACAAAUAUCCUUUCGAGUUGGACAUAUUCCAAAAACAGGCCAUCAUCAAGCUAGAAGAACAUAAUCACGUGUUCGUGGCGGCACAUACUUCUGCCGGCAAAACGGUGGUCGCAGAGUAUGCCAUAGCUCUUUCCAAGAAACAUAUGACCAAAACGAUUUACACCUCUCCGAUAAAAGCGUUAUCGAAUCAAAAGUAUCGGGAUUUUAAGACCACAUUUCAAGAUGUUGGUUUGAUUACAGGUGACAUACAAAUUGAUCCCACCGCUUCUUGCUUGAUCAUGACCACGGAGAUUCUUCGAUCGAUGCUGUAUUGUGGCAGUGACAUAACUCGCGACUUGGAAUACGUAAUUUUCGAUGAGGUUCACUAUCUGACGGAUGCCGAUCGGGGACACGUUUGGGAGGAAGUGCUCAUUCUCCUACCGGAUCACGUGUGCAUUGUCAUGCUGAGUGCAACGGUUCCCAACACGUUGGAGUUUGCCAAUUGGGUGGGCAAAACCAAGAAGAAACGCGUCUACGUCGUGAGCACACCCAAGAGACCGGUGCCUUUGGAGCAUUAUCUUUACACUGGUUGCGGAGGCAAGACUAAGGACGACCUGUUUCUCGUCGUUGAUGAGAAGAGUAAUUUCCUAAUGGAUGGAUAUCGGAAGGCCAAGGAGGCAAAAUUGGCCAAAAACACCACCAAAAAUGCUGUUCGACAAGGACAGUUCAAUCAGAAGCAGGAACAAACCCUAUGGGUCGGUUUGAUCCACCAUCUGGAAAAGAACAAAAAAAUGCCCGUUGUGGCCUUUACACUAUCGCGAAACCGUUGCGAUAACAAUGCUAAUGCUCUGAUGUCGUGUGAUCUAACGACCCCAAGCGAAAAAUACUUCAUCAAUUCCUUCUUUCAACUAUGUUUGCAAAAGCUCAAGCCUCCGGAUCGUAUCCUGCCUCAGGUGAUUCAGGUCCAGAAUUGCCUUCAACGUGGCAUUGGAAUCCACCAUAGUGGAAUUCUACCGAUUCUGAAGGAAAUUGUAGAGAUGUUGUUUGCCCGGGGACUCGUCAAAAUCCUUUUUGCUACUGAGACUUUUGCCAUGGGUGUCAACAUGCCGGCUAAAACGGUCAUUUUCGAUUCCACUAAGAAGUUUGACGGUCAAACGUCGCGAUUGUUGCAACCUGCAGAGUACACACAGAUGGCAGGUCGCGCCGGAAGGCGAGGUUUGGACAAGAACGGAACCGUCAUUAUCAUCUGUAAAGUGGAUGUCCCUAGCGAAAGCGAUUUACGGAACAUGAUUCUCGGAAAACCCAUGCGGCUGGAAUCGCAGUUUAGGCUAACCUAUGCGAUGAUAUUGUACCUGUUGAGAGUGGAGCUUGUUACCGUUGAGAACAUGAUGCUGCAUAGUUUUAGGGAGUUUGAAAAACGCCAAAAACUGCCGGAAAGUAAAUCGGAGCUCAGUAGGAUGGAGGAAAAAAUUUCCAAACUCAAUGAGUUGAGUGAGCACUUGAAACCUUUAUGUCAGUUCUACGAUGCCGCUGUAUAUUAUCUAGCUAAGUGGGACGAAUUCAUGCCUCUGGUGUUCCUAACGCAAAAAGUGUCCAACGAAAUGAAACCGGGCCGAGUUCUGGUAAUCACCCAUAAGACUCAUCGCAAUAAGUUAGCGAUUCUGCUUUCAGUUCUACAACAGGAUCACAAAUCCGCUCGUUACAAAGUUCUUGUGCUAGACCACCAAAAUACCAACGCGGCAGAAGUGGAAACCCUUGAACGCGGAGAACUUUGGCACCGCAUUCUGGCAUUGUCGGCUCAAUUUCGCCAGUUCAUUCCGGAGGGCAUCGGGGGACAUUGUGUGCUGCAAAUCACUCAAAAAGAUGUGGUGGAUGUAACGAAACAAACCAUCAAAUGUGACCCAGCCAAAAUCAUCCAGAAUUGGGACAACAGACAAAUUCCAAGAUUUAAAGAUCAACCACCUUCGCAAUCUGUGCUGGACGCCAUGGCGGCACUCACCGAACUCAACACUGCCGUAGUUAACGAAAGUAUCAAACUAGAGAGUUUGAAGUACCAACUUACAUUGACCCAGUUGAAGCAAAAUGAAGAACUGCAGAAGGCAAGGGAUGUUCUAGAUAGAUAUCUGCCCUAUACAGAUAUCGCUGAUUUCGUUCACGAGUUUGCAAUCGUAUUCGACCGUAAGCAGGUGGAGAAGAAGCUGGAUGAUCUCAAGUUUCAGGUCUCGUACAAGAGUAUGUCGCUGUAUCCGGAUUACUGUAACAAAUUGAAAGUUCUUCAGGAACUUAAAUACAUUGAUGACAUGCAACAAGUGGCUAUGAAGGGCCGAGUGGCAUGUGAAAUGGGCCAAAACGAACUGAUGAUAACGGAACUGGUGCUAAGAAACAUUCUUACCGAUUUGCAACCGGCGGAGAUCGCUGCCCUGUUAUCCAGUUUGGUGUUCCAGGCUAAAACGGAAGUGGAGCCAAAAAUGACGGAAACGUUGAAAAAGGCAAAGGUGCUGUUUGAGGAGGUUGAAAACGACAUUCGGUACGUGGAGAAAAUGUACAACGUGACGGACAUUCUGGAAAAGGACGAGCUAAAUUUUGGACUGAUCGAAGUCGUAUACGAGUGGGCUCGGAAUAAACCUUUCGCAGAGAUUAUGGAACUGACCGACAUCAAGGAGGGCAUCAUCGUGCGGUGCAUUCAACAACUGAAUGAAACGCUGUGUAACGUGAAGGACGCUGCCCGUAUCAUUGGAGACCCGGUGCUGCAUAGCAAAAUGGAGGAGGCAUCGAAUGCCAUCAAAAGGGACAUUGUGUUUGCGGCCAGUUUGUACACCUCCACUACUCCGAUUGCAGUUGAAGCCGCGGUGGAAUAGUUUUAAAUACCUAGUUCACAUAUUUUGUUAUUGAAUUUAUUUUAAUCAUUUUUCUAUAAAACGGGAGUUAAAGAUCAUUUGCUUCAUCAACAACGAUGCCCAAAUUCCCACAAUUGUGCAUCA